AUGGUAAAGGAGAAUGAGCGCCUCCGACAACUCUUAUAUUACCGGGAUACUACUAGAAAGAAGACUUACUCAUCAUCAAAUCCCCGCCAUAUGACUAGUACCGAGAACCUCAAUGAACUUGCAGAGGCUGAGUGGCGACAGGGCUGGAAAGCAAUGUUAAAAGAAGCAGGUAAAAUACUAAAGGCAAGGCGGAAGGCAAUUGAUGAUGCGGAGAAGGAGGCUGCACUAGAGGUUAGAAUGGCAGAACAGGCUUCAAAGCGAGCAGAGCGAGAGGCAGAGAAGCAGAGGCGAGAUACUGAAAAGGAAGUAGAGAAAGAAAAAAAGAAAAAGGAGCGAGAGGCAAAGGCUGCAGAAAAGGCUGCAGAAAAGGUAAAGCGGGCUGAAGAAAUAGCUGCAGCAAAAGUCCGAGCACAAGUUCAUAUACGUGGAAGGGGAGGGGGCAGGAAAAGGGUGACCAGACGAGCUGUUACUGAGACUCACAUUGAUGAUGAUGCUGAUUCGGAUCAGGGACUGGCAACAGUGGCUUUUGAUGAAGAGUGGAAAAGGAUAAGGAUGAUUGUAUAUAUCGCACCUGAAGAACCUCAGCCUCCACCAGCCCAUCAUCAACCAAAUCCAACAUCCCUUCGCAACAACAACGAUGCUCAAGCUGAGCCCCCAACGGUUGAGGCAGCUGACCCACCACUUAUCAACCUUGAAGAUGUUGGUGCAAGACGGUAUCCUAGACGUAAAACUCAUAAAUAG